AUGCCUGAUGCCAAACCAGCGCCUAAGAAGGGCUCCAAGAAAGCCGUUACCAAGACCGCCGGCAAAGGCGGUAAGAAGAGGAGAAAGAGCAGGAAGGAAAGCUAUGCCAUCUACGUGUACAAGGUGCUGAAGCAGGUGCACCCCGACACCGGCAUCUCCUCCAAGGCCAUGAGCAUCAUGAACUCCUUCGUCAAUGACAUCUUCGAGCGCAUUGGCGGAGAGGCCUCCCGCCUGGCGCACUAUAACAAGCGCUCCACCAUUACCUCCAGGGAGAUCCAGACCGCAGUGCGUCUGCUGCUGCCCGGAGAGCUGGCCAAGCACGCCGUGUCUGAGGGGCAUCACCAAGCCCGCUAUCCGCCGUCUGGCCGCCGCGGUGGUGUGAAGCGUAUCUCCGGUCUGAUCUACGAGGAGACCCGCGGAGUGCUCAAGGUUUUCCUGGAGAACGUGAUCCGUGACGCCGUCACUUACACCGAGCACGCCAAGAGGAAGACCGUGACCGCCAUGGACGUGGUGUACGCGCUGAAGAGACAGGGCCGCACCCUGUACGGCUUCGGAGGUUAA